AUGUCUACUAUUCUUUUCUUUCUUUUUUUUUCUUUUUUUCGUGAAAAAUUUCGUUUACCCAACUCUCUGAAAUUUUGUUUUUUGAGUUUUCUUUGUAGGGGUGUUGGAAAGUGGACUCUUAAGCUCCUGCAAGAGUUCUUCAAUAAAGAUUCUGAACCUUUAGAAUCAGACAGCGAUGCUAAUGCAACUAAGAAGAAAGGCACAAGAACCAAGCGAUAUUUGCCUCAGAAAAACUCUGCUCCUUUUGCUUUAUUGAUUACCCUUUACAGGGAAAGUUUGAAUGGGAGGAGUUCUAUGAAGAAACAGGAGCUUAUUGAUGCAACUGAAGCCAGUGGGCUUACACACAUGCCAAUUGGAUUGCCAAAUAGCAGUGGGAAAGGUGGAGGUUUUGGUGGUUUAGCAAGAGAUUGGUAUUGUGGAUGGAAUAGCAUGAAGACAUUGCUUACAAAAGGACUAGUUGUCAAGUCAAGUUGCCCAGCUAAGUAUAUGUUAUCUCAAGAGGGUCAAGAAACUGCCCGAGAAUGCCUCCAGAGGUCUGGGCUUCGUGAUUGUGAUAUACCUUUGGCUAAGAAACCGGAUAAGUCUGGCGCAAAUGGAGAAGAGAUGUUGGUGUCUGAUAUUAACAAAAAGCUUAGCAAGAGAAAAUCAGUAUCUGCAUCAUUGGAGUUAUCUGAGAUGAUGACAUCCAUGGAGUAUUCUGAUAAGGAUGCUCAUCUAACUUCUUCAGAAGCAUCACAAAUGGUGGGAGAUAAAGAUGUAUCAUCACUUAGGACUUGCACUUUUGGCCAUCACUUAAAAAUGCGGGUCGAUGCAUUGCUUGCGGAACCCACCCAAAAGAUUAGCAUAGAGAUUCAUGAUCUUUCAGAUGCUUCUGACUCUGGAGAUACUGGUCCGGUGUCUUUGUUAUCUAAACGUACACAACCUCGUUGUUCUAAUGAAUCAAGUCUUGGGACUUCCGGUUUGAGGGCUUGCACAUCUUCUGCAGUGGUUGGUGAUGCACAAGGUUCUUGUGGAAAUGCCUUAGCAGUGCCACCAUGCAGUCCUGGAGAAAAAUUUGAGGACCUAUAUGAUGUAAUUUUGUUAUUAGAUGAUCGAGAGCAGUUCCUACACAAUAAUCAAGGGUCUCUCUCUAGAAGGGUUGUUGAAAGUUUAUGUUUGCAAUUCAAAGUCCAAGUUGAGAUACGACGUCUUCCUGUUGGAGAUGGGAUCUGGAUAGCUCGGCAUAAGUGUCUACAAAAGGAAUAUGUGCUGGAUUUUAUUGUUGAAAGAAAGAAAGUUGAGGACCUACGCACCUCCAUUAGGGACAACCGUUAUAGAGAUCAGAAACUCAGGCUUUUGAGAUGUGGACUUCAGAAACUGAUUUACCUGAUAGAAGGUGAUCCAAACUCCUCUGAAGCAGCCGAAAGCAUCAAAACAGCUGCCUUCACAACAGAAAUUUUGGAAGGCUUUGAUGUGCAAAGAACCAGUAGUGUAGCUGAUACGGUAAAGAAAUAUGGCCAUUUGACACAUGCAAUAACCCAUUAUUACACGACACAGUCUUCCCAUAGCUUUGAUAAAAGCGAAAGAAUCUGUCCUUCGUAUGAAGAGUUUAUCAAAACGUGCCAAGAUCUUGAGAAAAUGACAGUUAGUGAUGUGUUUGCUCUUCAAUUAAUGCAGGUUCCACAGGUCACAGAGGAGGUUGCCCUUGCUGUUCUAGACAUGUAUCCAACAGUUCUUUCUCUUGCACGUGCCUACUCAGAGAUUGAGGGUGAUGUCCGAGCUCAAGAAGACAUGCUAAGGAAUCAGAGUAAGGCAAUUGGUGCAGGGGCUAGUAGGAACAUCUACAAGCUGGUUUGGAGGAGUUAAAUCCAUUCACAAAAACUAGGGUGAGGCAACAGUAAAAGAUGGCGUUCGUUGAGUUUGGACCUCAAGACCUCCACUUGAUCCUGAUGAUCAUUAUUUAAUGAUGCCUAGAAACCAACCUCAUCCUCGCUAUGUAUUGCAAUGAUAUCUCGUCGUUUCGACAAAAGGGUUGUUGACAGUGUAAAUUCAUAUGUUACCUUGCUCACCAUGCAUGUAAGUAAAAGGUCAACUUCUAAUGUGAAAAAACCACUUCUUUUAUUGGAAGAUAAAUGUUCUUUCUA